CUCCCAAUCAGGAUAAUGCUUUACCUUUCCCCCCCUUUUUGUCACAAGGGGACAGUUCAAUUCUUCAUUCUCAAGCAUUUACCCCAUUUCUAUUAGCAACUCUGGACUCACCUAUCAGGCACUCCAGCAAUUGCAAGCGCUGCGGUCUUGGGUGCCGGAGAUAAAGUCCGCGAAGUCGCUUGCAGCCCCGGGGCAGGAAAAAGGCAGAGCGGGACCCCCGGAGAAGAGGAGCGGAGCGGAGCAGCGCAGUGCGCGGCGCUAAGGGCAUGUGGAAGCUCAGCAAGCUGGUGCUGGCAUGGGCAGCCGUGGGCUGGGCAGCCCUCCAGACCGCUGACGGCCAGGGGGACGGAAACUACCAGGCGAGCCGCUUCAGUGCGCCCACCGAGGAGAGGGAGGCGCAGAGGGUCCGAAGGAGGGGCCCUGAGUCGCUGCGGGGGCCCAAUGUGUGUGGAUCCCGGUUUCACUCCUACUGCUGCCCAGGGUGGAAAACUCUCCCUGGAGGAAACCAGUGUAUUGUCCCCAUCUGCAGAAACACCUGCGGUGAAGGUUUUUGCUCCAGGCCUAACAUGUGCACCUGUUCCAAUGGGCAGCUCUCCCCCAGCUGUGGGGCGGCGUCCGGAGUUCAGUCCUGCAAUGUCAGAUGCAUGAACGGCGGAAGCUGCAGUGAGGACUCUUGCCUCUGUCAGAAGGGUUACACGGGUGCCCACUGCGGCCAGCCUGUGUGCGAGAACGGCUGCCAGAAUGGAGGUCGCUGCAUUGGGCCCAACAGAUGUGCCUGUGUCUACGGCUUCACUGGUCCGCAGUGCGAGAGGGACUACCGGACCGGACCGUGCUUCACGCAGGUCAGCAACCAGAUGUGCCAGGGCCAGCUGAGUGGCAUCGUCUGCACCAAGACGCUGUGCUGCGCCACCAUCGGCCGCGCCUGGGGGCACCCUUGCGAGAUGUGCCCCGCCCAGCCAAACCCUUGCCGGCGUGGUUUCAUCCCCAACAUUCGCACCGGCGCCUGCCAGGAUGUGGACGAGUGCCAGGCCAUUCCCGGACUCUGCACUGGGGGUAACUGCAUCAACACUGUGGGCUCCUACGAGUGCAAAUGCCCCGCUGGGCACCGGCAGAGCGAGACCAACCAGAAGUGCGAGGACAUCGACGAGUGCAGCUCCAUCCCCGGCGUGUGCGAUGGCGGCGAAUGCACCAACACUGUGGGCAGCUACGUCUGCUCCUGCCCCCGCGGCUACGUCGCCAGUGCCGAUGGCUCCAGAUGUGUAGAUCAGCGAGUGGGGAUCUGCUUCUCCGCUCUGGCCAGUGGGCGCUGCGCGGGCGAGCUGACAGGACAGUACACCAAGAUGCUGUGCUGCUGUGACACGGGCCGCUGCUGGGCCUCGACGCAGGUCCCUGAGAUGUGUCCCGUCCGCGGAUCUGACGAGUACCGGCGGCUCUGUCUCGAGGGCGUCCCCCAUGGGACGGGCAGCACCGGCUUCACCGGCGUGGACCGCACCUUCAGCUACAGGUACAAGUUCAACCCCGCGGGCCCAAAUGGCAACGGGCACGGCAACGGGCACGUAAACGGGCACGGCAACGGCCACGGCAACGGAGGGCAGAUCAGAGGCGAAGGGGUGGGAGGCAAUGGGAUCCCGCUGUCCCAGAUUGGCACAGUGACCCUCAACAACACUAUCGACGUGUGCAAGCACUUCACCAACCUGUGCCUGAACGGUCGCUGCAUCCCGACGCCCACCAGCUACCGCUGUGAGUGCAACAUGGGCUUCCGGCAAGACGUGCGGGGCGAGUGCAUCGACACGGAUGAGUGUGUCACCAAUCCCUGCCUGAAUGGCGACUGCGUGAACAGCCCAGGCUCCUACCACUGCAAGUGCCACGAGGGUUACCAAAGCACGCCGACCAAGCAGGCCUGCAUCGACAUCGACGAAUGCAUCGUGAACGGGAUCAUGUGCCGUAACGGCCGCUGCGUCAACACGGAUGGAAGUUUCCAGUGCAUCUGCAAUGCUGGUUUUGAGCUCACCCCCGACGGAAAGAACUGCAUAGACCACGACGAGUGUGCCACCACCAACAUGUGCCUCAAUGGAAUGUGCAUCAACGAGGACGGCAGCUUCAAGUGCAUCUGCAAGCAAGGCUUCUCCCUGGCCCCUAGUGGGCGCUACUGUACCGACAUCGACGAGUGUCAGACGCCGGGCAUCUGCAUGAACGGCCGCUGCAUCAACUCGGACGGCUCAUACCGCUGCGAGUGCCCGCCGGGCCUGGCCAUCGAUGUGGACGGCCGCGUCUGCGUGGACACCCAUGUGCGCAGCACCUGCUACGGGGCCAUCAAGAUGGGCACAUGCUCACGUCCCUUCCCCGGGGCCGUCACUAAGUCCGAAUGCUGCUGCGCCAGCCCUGAGCACGGUUUCGGGGAGCCCUGUCAGCCGUGCCCCGCCCUCAACUCAGCUGAGUUCCAGGCCGUCUGCAGCAGUGGCAUCGGAAUCACAGCCGACGGAAGAGAUAUCAACGAGUGUGCCCUGAACCCGGAGAUCUGCGCCAACGGCAUGUGCGAGAACCUGCGGGGUAGUUUCCGCUGCAUCUGCAACAUCGGCUACGAGUCCGACAGCAGCGGCAAGAACUGCGUUGACAUCAACGAGUGUCUGGUGAACCGGCUGCUGUGUGACAAUGGGCUCUGCCGGAAUACGCCGGGCAGCUACUCCUGCUUCUGCCCCAAAGGCUUCGUCUACAAGCCCGACUCGGAGACCUGCGAAGAUAUCAACGAGUGCGAAUCCAGCCCCUGCGUGAACGGCGUGUGCCGCAACAUGGCCGGCUCCUUCAUCUGCGAGUGCUCCCACGGCAGCAAGCUGGACUCCACCAACACCAUCUGCGUGGACAGCAUGAAGGGCACCUGCUGGCUGAACAUCCAAGAUGGCCGCUGUGAGGUCAACAUCAACGGUGCCACGCUGAAGUCGGAGUGCUGUGCUACACUGGGCGCGGCCUGGGGGAGUCCCUGUGAGCGCUGCGAGAUCGAUACGGCCUGCUCCAGAGGCUUCGCUCGCAUGAAGGGCGUCGCCUGUGAAGACGUGAACGAAUGUGAGGUGUUCCCGGGCGUGUGCACCAACGGCCGCUGCGUAAACACGCAGGGCUCGUUCCACUGCGAGUGCGCCGAGGGACUCACGCUGGACGGGAGUGGGCGCACUUGCGUGGAUGUGCGCAGUGAGCAGUGCUACCUGAAAUGGGACGAGGAUGAGUGCGGGGAGCCGCUGCCCGGGAAAUACCGCGUGGACAUGUGCUGCUGUUCGGUGGGGGCCGCCUGGGGCGUGGAGUGCGAGGAGUGUCCCAAGACUGGCACGCCGCAGUACAAGGCAAUCUGCCCCCGGGGGCCCGGCUUCGCUAACAGGGGUGACAUCCUCACCGGCAGACCCUUCUACAAAGAUGUGAACGAGUGCAAGGUCUUCCAGGGCCUGUGUGCCCACGGAACAUGCCGGAACACCAUCGGCAGCUUCAAGUGCCGCUGCAACAGUGGCUUUGCCCUCACUAUGGAGGAGAGGAACUGCACAGACAUCGACGAGUGCCGGAUCUCCCCCGACCUGUGUGGCCAUGGCACGUGCGUGAACACGCCGGGCAGCUUCGAGUGCGAGUGCUUCGAGGGCUACGAGAGCGGCUUCAUGAUGAUGAAGAACUGCAUGGACAUCGACGAAUGCGAGCGCGACCCCCUGCUCUGUCGCGGAGGCACCUGUCUCAACACGGAGGGCAGCUACGAGUGCGACUGCCCCCCAGGGCACCAGCUCAGCCCCGAGGGCUCGUCCUGCGAAGACGUCAAUGAGUGCCAACUGAGCGACACCCUGUGCCGGAACGGCCAUUGCGUCAACAUGGUGGGCACCUACCAGUGUUCCUGUGACACGGGCUACCAGACCACCCCCGACAGGCAGGGCUGUGUUGACAUCGACGAGUGCACUAUUAUGAACGGCGGCUGCGACACCCACUGCACCAACUCAGAAGGCAGCUACGAGUGCAGCUGCGGGGAAGGAUACGCCCUCAUGCCCGACCUGAGGACCUGUGCCGACAUUGAUGAGUGCGAGGACACGCCGGACAUCUGCGACGGCGGCCAGUGCACCAACAUCCCUGGCGAGUACCGCUGCCUGUGCUUCGACGGCUUCAUGGCCUCCAUGGACAUGCGGACCUGCAUCGAUGUCAACGAGUGCGAACUGAACCCCAACAUCUGUCUCCAUGGCGACUGUGAAAACACCAAGGGCUCCUUCGUCUGCCACUGCCAGCUGGGCUACUUCGUCAAGAAGGGAUCUACGGGCUGCACGGAUAUCGACGAGUGCGAGAUCGGGGCCCACAACUGCGAUGUGAACGCGGCCUGCAUCAACGUGCCAGGCAGCUUCAAGUGCCGCUGCCGCGAUGGCUGGGUCAGCCUUGGCACCAAGUGCGUAGACCUGGAUGAAUGCUCGACAGAGGAGCACAACUGCAACCCCAACGCCAACUGCAUCAACACACCAGGCUCCUACCGCUGCACCUGCAAAGAGGGCUUCAAUGGGGACGGCUUCUCCUGCUCAGACAUGGACGAGUGUGCGGACAACGUGAACCUGUGCGAGAACGGCCACUGCCUAAACGCCCCAGGCGGCUAUCGGUGCGAGUGCGAGAUGGGCUUCACCCCGACCGAGGACAGCAAGGCCUGCCAGGACAUCGAUGAGUGUAACUUCCAGAAUAUCUGCGUGUUCGGAACCUGCCAGAACCUGCCGGGCAUGUUCCGCUGUGUGUGUGACGACGGCUACGAGCUGGACCGCAGUGGGGGCAACUGCACUGAUGUGAACGAGUGCUCCGACCCCGUCAACUGCAUCAACGGCCUGUGCGUCAACAUGCCCGGAAGCUACCUGUGCAACUGCCCGCCGGACUUUGAGCUGAACCCCACAGGCGUGGGAUGUGUGGAUACACGUGUAGGGAACUGCUUCCUGGAUACACUGCCACGUGGCGAUGGAGGGAUAUCCUGCAGUGCGGAGAUCGGCGUCGGGGUCACGCGGGCAUCCUGCUGCUGCUCACUGGGGGGGGCUUGGGGGAACCCUUGUGAGCUGUGCCCACCGGUCAACACCACGGAAUAUAAGACCCUGUGUCCUGGAGGAGAGGGCUUCAGGCCCAACCCCAUCACCGUGAUCCUGGAGGAUAUCGACGAAUGCCAGGAGCUGCCCGGCCUGUGCCAGGGGGGCAACUGCGUCAAUACCUUUGGGAGCUUCCAGUGCGAGUGCCCGGCCGGGUACUACCUCAACGAGGAGAUGCGCAUCUGCGAGGACAUUGACGAGUGCACAGCUCACAUCGGAAUCUGCGGCCCCGGGACCUGCUACAACACCCUCGGCAACUACACCUGCGUCUGCCCCCCCGAGUACAUGCAGGUCAACGGGGGCAACAACUGCAUGGACAUGAGGAAGAGCGUUUGCUACCGCAACUUCAACGACACCUGCGAGAACGAGCUGUCCUUCAACAUGACCAAGAAGAUGUGCUGCUGCGCCUACAACGUGGGCAAGGCCUGGAACAAGCCCUGCGAGGCCUGCCCCACCCCGGCCACCUCGGAGUACCAACAUUUGUGCGGAAACCAGGCUCCCGGCUUCAUCAUUGACAUCCACACUGGGAAGCCCAUUGACAUCGACGAGUGCAGGGAAAUCCCAGGCAUCUGCGCAAAUGGGGCCUGCAUCAACCAGAUUGGCAGCUUCCGCUGCGAGUGUCCCAUGGGCUUCAGCUACAACAACAUCCUGCUUGUCUGCGAAGACAUCGACGAGUGUACCAGCGGGGACACCCUGUGCCAACGCAAUGCCAACUGCAUCAACAUCCCAGGAAGCUACCGCUGCGAGUGCUCGCCCGGGUUCAAGCUCUCCCCCAGCGGCGCCUGCGUGGACCGUAAUGAGUGCCUGGAGAUCCCCAACGCCUGCAGCCACGGGGAGUGCAUCGACACACAGGGCAGUUACCACUGCGUCUGUCAUAACGGAUUCAAGGCCACCGCAGACCUGACCAUGUGCAUGGACAUCGAUGAGUGCGACAGGCAGCCCUGUGGGAAUGGCACCUGCAAGAACACCGUGGGCUCCUACAACUGCCUCUGCUUCCCUGGGUUCGAGAUCACGCACAACAAUGACUGCAUAGAUGUGAAUGAGUGCACGGCACUGGUGGGCCAGGUCUGCAGGAACGGCCAGUGCAUCAACUCUCCAGGAUCGUUCCAGUGUCUGUGCCAGGAUGGUUAUGAGCUCACUCUGGACGGCAAGAACUGCGUCGACAUUAACGAAUGUGUGAGCUUCCUGGGCACCUGCGCCCUGGGCACCUGCCAGAACCUGGAGGGCUCCUUCCGCUGCAUCUGCCCCCCUGGCUACGCCGUGCAGAACGACCAGUGUAUCGACAUCAACGAGUGCGAAGUAGAGCCCAAUAUCUGUCAGUUCGGCACCUGCUCCAACACCAUGGGCAGCUUCCAGUGCGAGUGCGAGAAAGGCUUCGUGCUCUCCGAGAACGGCCGUCGCUGCUUCGAUAUCCGCGAGAGCUUCUGCUUCACCCGCUUCGAGGGGGGCAAGUGCUCUGUGCCCAAGGCCUUCAACACGACCAAAGCCAAGUGCUGCUGCAGCAAGAUGCCCGGCGAGGGCUGGGGUGACCCGUGCGAGCUGUGCCCGCGUGAGACCGAGACUGCCUUUGACAGCCUCUGUCCCUACGGCCACGGAGUCGUGCCCGGACUUGGCGAGGCUCGCGAGGACAUGAAUGAGUGCCUGGAUAACCCAGACAUCUGCACCAAUGGCAUGUGCAUCAACACGGAUGGGUCCUUCCGCUGUGAGUGUCCCUUCGGCUACAGCCUGGACUACACGGGAGUGAAGUGUGUCGACACGGACGAAUGCUCCAUCGGGAACCCCUGUGGAAAUGGCAGCUGCACGAACGUGGUUGGAGGCUUCGAGUGCGCCUGUCACGAGGGCUUCGAACCCGGCUCCAUGAUGACCUGCGAAGACAUCAACGAGUGCUCCCUAAAUCCACUACUCUGCGCGUUCCGCUGCGUCAACACCUUCGGCUCAUACGAGUGCACCUGUCCCGUGGGCUACGUGCUGCGUGACGACCACAGGAUGUGCAGAGACCAGGACGAGUGCUCUGACGGUCUGGACGACUGUGCCUCCAAGGGCAUGACCUGCAAGAACCUGAUCGGCACCUUCAUGUGCAUCUGCCCCCCGGGCAUGCAGCGCAGGCCGGACGGGGACGGCUGCAUGGAUCUGAACGAGUGCCGCACGAAGCCAGGAAUCUGCAAGAAUGGCCGCUGCGUGAACACGGUGGGCAGCUACCUCUGCGAGUGCAACGAGGGCUUCCAGGCCAGUGUCACGGGCACCGAGUGCAUCGAUAACAGGCAGGGCUUCUGCUUCACGGAGGUGCUGCAGACCAUGUGUCAGCAGAGCUCAACCAACCGCAACAGCGUCACCAAGUCGGAGUGCUGCUGCAACGGCGGCCGUGGCUGGGGCCCCAGCUGUGAGCUCUGCCCGCUGCCCGGCACAGUGCAGUACAAGCGCAUGUGUCCCCUGGGCCCGGGCUACACCACCGACGGCAGAGACAUCAACGAGUGCCAGGUCAUGCCAAACAUGUGCAAGAACGGCCAGUGCAUCAACAGCAUUGGCUCCUUCCGCUGCCACUGCAAUGUGGGCUACACCCCUGACUUCACAGGCACUGCCUGCGUGGAUGUGGACGAGUGCACCCAGUCCCCUAAGCCGUGCAACUUCCUCUGCAAGAACACAGAGGGCAGCUACCUGUGCUCCUGUCCCAGGGGGUACAUUAUGCAGCCGGAUGGCAAGACCUGCAAAGACCUGGACGAGUGCUCCACUAAGCAGCACAACUGCCAGUUCCUAUGCGUCAACACCAUCGGCGGCUUCACGUGCAAGUGUCCCUCCGGCUUCACCCAGCACCAGACCACCUGCAUCGACAACAACGAAUGCAACAGCCAGCCGAGCCUGUGCGGGACGCGCGGCUCCUGCCUCAACUCACCCGGCAGCUUCAACUGCGAGUGCCUGAAGGGUUACUCCCUGGACAGCAGCGGCCUGGACUGCCAGGAUGUGGACGAGUGUAACGGGAACCACCGGUGUCAGCAUGGCUGCCAGAACAUGUUGGGCGGUUUCCGCUGCGGCUGCCCCCAGGGUUACGUGCAGCACUACCAGUGGAACCAGUGCGUAGAUGAGAACGAGUGCUCGUCAGUGGACAUGUGCGGCUCAGCCUCCUGCUACAACACGCUGGGCAGCUACAAGUGCGUGUGCCCAUCAGGCUUUGACUUCGAGCAGAACACCGGCAGCUGCCAGGACGUCAACGAAUGCUCCCUGAACAGCAACCCCUGCAGCUUCGGCUGCUCCAACACGGACGGCGGCUACCUGUGCGGUUGCCCUGGGGGCUACUACAGAGCGGGACAGGGGCACUGUGUCACAGGCAUGGGUUUCCAGGGCCAGUUCGUCCCCGGCCCGGAAGAAGACGAUGACGAGAGCCUGUCUCCGGAGGCCUGCUACGAGUGUAAAGUCAACGGGGGCAAGAGCGGCCGCCAGCGGCGCAGCGCCAACGAGCUAAAGCAGCAGGGCGGUGUCAGCCUGGCCAGUGUGGACACGCAGACCUCCAUCCCUAUGAACCUGAGCCUGGCUGAGCUGCAGAACAAGGAGCCGCUGCUGGAGCUGCUACCGGCCUUGCAGCCGCUGGAGCACCACGUGCGCUAUGUCAUCACGCACGGCAACCAGGGCGAGUACUUCCGCCUGCUGGAGCGCCGCGACGGCAAGAGCGUGCUGCGGCUGGGCCGCCGGGCCCCCGCGCCGGGCUCCUACCGCCUGGAGAUCGCCGGGCUCCCCCUGUUUGGCCCACGCAAGCUGCGUCACCUGGAGGAGCGCCACGAUGCCGACUACCUGCAGGGCGAGAUUGGCGCCGCACUGCACAUCAAGCUGGACAUCCACCUGCACUGAGCACCAGCUCCGCACUGCCGGCCACACUCUGGGGGGGGGGG